AUGUCAGAGGAAGGGGAGCAUAGGAUCGGGAGAUUUGGAACAGGAUUCCGGAUUGAGGAAGUAACGUUCUCAUGGAUUCUUAUCUUCCACACACUUUUUCUGACAAUUCAUCUUCAUAAAAAAGGAACACUUGAGGUGGACAUGGAGGUCACCCAACGGUGCGACUCAUGCGGAGGUCGACCACUUUCUCACCAACCGAAGGUGGCUCAGAUCACCGCCCUUCAAGCACAAGUGCAAUUCAGCCGAAAGCUGGAAAAGAAGAUGUGCCGCCGUGUUGGAAGAAGGAGAGAAGUCGUCUAUGACAGCGUCAGAUUGGAGGAGCUCUUGACCACUUGUGACUGGCCCAUAGAAGAGGACCCAACGAAAGACUACGACCUGCUUCUAGAGGAGUGA